AUGGCAAACACCUCUAGUGUUCUCUCUGAAGCCUUCCGCCUUCAUCAGGUAGUUCGGUGCUCACUUGCCGAAGAAGAUCCUUGUCAGGGUGGCUCACACAAAGUGCUCAAAGUUGUCUUUGGAGAUUCCGUGCAGUGGGCUGCACGCCUAUGCCAUGAUCCUAACAAUUGGAAAUAUGAGUUGCGUGCUGUUAAGAUGUUUCAACACAUCAAACAAACCCAUCCAGACAUCAGAGCACCAAGUGUGUCUUUCAAGGCAGAAAACCCUGUCCUGUAUUCAGAUCCCCCUGAUUUUAUUCCAGAGCAAAAUCCCCGGUAUUCAGCUUGGCUCACGGAGAGCUUAGACCGAGGUCUCCGACGAACUCUGACUGGAACUGCUAGAUGGGGUGAUGCCAUCGACUAUCUGAUCAUGAGGUCGAUGAUCCCCGAGUAUGCUGGAGAAUAUGACAAGUACACAGAUGUUGGCUUCGCCCAUGGAGACCUGAAUGCGUAUAAUAUCAUGAAAGAUGAUGACUUUCACUUGACAGGAGAAGAACCUCAAGGCUGCGAACUCCCAGCUGAAUGCCGUGCUUUCUUUGUAUCCCGAGCUGAAUGA